ACACCCUGUGCAAACCAGCUGACAUCAUUGCCAGACAGGCACUUGACUGGAACCAUCCGGGGAAGAAGAGAGUUGGGAGACCACAGCAGACCUGGCAAAGAACUGUAGAGUGCAAGUCAAAGGACGUCGGAACCACAUGGGGCCAGCUGAUUGGGGUGCCCAAAACCGGAUCCGUUGGCGAGAGACUGAAAAAUUUGUCAACGACUGUGAUGGAUGAAACUUGCUCUGUUUCACAUGCUCGGAGUCCUGAGAACCGACCCAAGAACCGCUACAGAGAUGUUAGUCCAUAUGACCAUAGCCGUGUGAUACUUGAAAGACCAGAUGGAGAAAGUGAUUACAUUAAUGCCAGCUUUGUGAGGGUGCCUGAUGCAGAUCGGAAGUAUAUCCUUACACAGGGACCAUUGGAAAACACGUGUGGAGAUUUUUGGUUGAUGAUAUGGCAGCAACAAACUAAGGCAAUAGUAAUGCUAAAUCGAGUUGUGGAGAAGGGAACGGCAAAAUGUGCACAGUACUGGCCUCUUGGGUCUGAUUUAGGAUAUGAAGACAGCAUGUUAUUUGAAGAUGUUGGCUUAAUUGUCACUUUGAUUGGUGAGCAGGACAGCACCAAUUUUGUCCAGCGAUGGUUCACAGUGGAAGAAUUAGCGACAGGUAUCAAACGAGAAGUUGUUCAUUUCAACUACACAACAUGGCCAGACUUUGGCGUUCCUUCUUCUCCAACAGCAUUUCUGAACUUCUUGAAAGUUGUGCGUGCCGCUGGAGUUCUUGACCCAGAUGUAGGGCCAUGUGUUGUCCAUUGUUCUGCAGGAAUUGGUCGCUCUGGAACUUUUUGCCUGGUCGAUUCCUGUUUAGUUUUGAUAGAGAAGCAUAAAACGCUGUCAUGCCUCAACAUACAAGAGCUGUUGAUAAACAUGAGAUCAUACCGCAUGGGUUUGAUUCAGACUCAUGACCAGCUACGUUUCUCCUACCUGGCUAUUCUACAGGGUGGCAGGGAAAUACUAGGAGAAGAUGCUAACUCAAACAUCAAAACAUCCGACAGUCCACCUCCACCACCUAAGCGAGGUGCAAGCCUUCCAGUAUCAAAUUCCAAUGAAGAAGAGAAGGUUGACAGUGAAGAGGAUGAUAUAGAUAAACAGCUUUCGGAACUUAUUGAUGAUGAUGAUGAAGCACCACCAGAAUUGCCACCCAAGAAACGCAUAACCACGAAAAAAGACACUGAUAUGACACAUGUAGAACAAGAGGAGGAGGAGGAAGAAAGUUCUUACCUCUUGCGGAAGCGAAUACGAGAAGAGCGUGUGAAGAAAACUCGAGAAACGCUAAACCAAAUGAAAGAGAGACAGCGUCGUAGCGAAUCAUGGAAAAAGCGGCACUCUUACUUCAGACCAGUCUACAUUGGCCUGGCACUUCUUAUCGGCAGCUACAUGUUUUAUCGUUUUUACUGGAGCAAUUGAAGGAAGGCACAGUCUGAUUGGCAAGUUCAAGAUUAUUUAUAGUUUUCAUGAAGCUGCAACAAAAAAACCAGAAAAAAAAAUAGCAAACAAACCAAAAUUUCAGUGAUCUUAUAUUGCUUUCUGUGGUGCUGUGGAAGCUGCAAGCUUUCAACAGCUUGUUCUCCUCUUCAGGAGUAUAUGAAAGACAAUACGCAGGGGCAUUACAGUAGCAAAUACAUUAUAGAAAAUAAAAGCCUUGGAAGGCAAGACUGACUAUGCAGAAAUCAUUCUUACGGUAGGAAUAAUGUUUAUGGACUACGCUUUUCUGAGCUGUGGUGUGGUUUGUGAAGAUAUUUUUAAAGUGACUGCAUACAGCUGUUUUUUUUGUUCAUUUAUUUAUAUAUUUAUUUUGCCCACUCCUCUAAACACCAAAGGACGAAUUCUUUAAGAAAAAUGGCACGCAACAACUUAAAGGUUCAUAACUGCCUUAAAAAUCACUCCAUGCAAAUCAAGGGUACUGUAGCACUUAAAAAUGUACAGUUAAGAAUAUUUCUGGGGAAAAAAAUUAUUUUUCAGAAAAAAAUUCUUUUUAAGAUAUAUGUAUGUGGCUAAUGAAAAUAAUUUCAACUGUUUUUUUUAAGUAGCUUGAUUAAAAGUAUAUGCUAUUUGUCAUGCAUUCCUAGUAAUCAGAUGUAAAGACUCUUUAGUCAUAAGUAACAUCAUGCUAUGUUUAUAAUAAUACAAAGAAAUUAUCUGAUGUUUUUUAAGUGUAAUUUUUAUUUCUCAAGUAUGUACGAAAUAAUUUGGAAAAGGGAGGAUUAAACCUGUAGGUGGAUAAAGAGAAAUGCUUUGUGGUGUACUUUAUGUAUUGGCUUAAGGUUAGGAACAGUGAGUGCUGCUGAUAAUGUCUUUGUGCCAUGUUUUGGUGUUCUGUGGCUGUUUGUAAUUCCAGGAAGUAGUUUGCAAAAGUUCGAACAGGAAGAAAUGGUCGUAUGUUGUUUUACCAGUAAUGUGCUGUUCACUCCAUUGUAGAAAAUAAGUGCAUUGCUGCAAUUAGCCAACUUUGUAAAAAUAUGCUAUAUGGGUCCAACAGGAGUUUACUGAAAUCUCCUUAAUUGUGAAUUAGAGCAAAUGUGGUAGUUAGGGUACUAAUUCUGAAUCCUGUAAGGGAAAUAGUGUUCUUUGAAACCUGUUUCAGUAGCUGCAGGAUAAAAUUUUACAAACGCUAAAAUUUUUUAAUAUCUUAGCCUAAUCCUCCUGUCAGACCUUUGUUGUCUUUUAUAAAACUUGUUAUCAUGUGCAGUGCAUGAGCACAGAAACAGACAUGUUUCAGCCAGGGCAUAAAUGUUUUAAUUUAUGAACUAUAAAUAUAAGAAUUAGCCAUCGUCUGUUGUGCAUCUUCCUGUUGAGACUUUGUAUGUCUGUUCCAAUACAUAUUAAAAAAAUCAAUUUUGUUAUGACUUUUUAUUACAAGUUCAGAUUAUAAAUCAUUAAUAUUAACAAUAUUAAUUACAAGUAUUUUACUAUGAAUAAUCUUGACAUGUAUCACUAAUUUGCUAAAUGUUUCUUUGCAUGUGUCUCAGCACUAUAGUGUUUGUACUAAUCAGUUACGUGUGUCUAUGCCCUGCACACUGAAGUUGAUAUCGGUAUAUGUUUUUAUUUAGGUAUUAUGUAUAUUAUUAAAAUUGGACUGCUGCAUGCCUGAUUAGUAAUACUCUCAAAGCAUGCAAGUUAUUAUUGUAUGGACUUGUACUAUAUGCAUUGCGUGUGGUGAAAAGCCUAAUAAAUGUGUAGAUAAAGAAAACUUUCAGCAGCCAGCUAAGGAACAUUUUGUCAGAAGUAAAAGUGAUUGUCCACCCCAGGCCACCUUUCAGUCUGUCAGUUUAAAGAGUGUAUUUUAAAGUUAUUGAAUUUGAGAUGAUUGAAGUGGCACCUGGAGGCAGGAUAUAUGUAUGUGCAACCCAUAAGUUAAUUAAGUAGUUAACUGCAAAAAAAAAAACAAUUGGCAGAUUUCAGUUUGUUGAUUAAAAAUGUCUUCUAAUAUGGCAGAAAACAAUAUAUUUUUUCUAGUGGCUACUUGUCUCUUGCAAAAAAUUAGAAAAAUAUUUGGAAAUAAAUAGAUUUUUGUAGGCAUUUGUAAGAACUCCAUGCAUUUUCAAAGUAGAAUAAGUUCCAUAGUGUAGUUAUAUUUCCCAAAAUAACACUAUCUGUCAGUUAACAUCAUGCCUUUUCACCAAGAGAUGAGGAUGGGGUCAUCAAAAUAAAAUGUUUCGUUGUGUUAAGAUAUAAAAAUACCUUGCAUUUUUUAGGUCUUCCAGAGCCAUGGCUGCUUUUAUGCUGCAGCCUUCAUGUGCCUUUAACUGAGUUACUGCACAUAGCAUAACACAAGUUUGGCACCUUAAUAAUGAUCCACAUUCAUGCUAAUGCAUACAAAUAUGCAAAAAAUGUCUCAGUGCUAUUGCUUGUAAUUACACUGAGAGAAAUCUACACAUCUCUGCUUAAUCAUGCUUAUGAGCAGAAUACAUUCAUACAUACUCCUUUAUAUACAUGCUUAUACCCCUUACACAUACACACAUGUGCGUUGAGAUGUAUAAUAAUUUGCUGAAUUUUUUUCCCUGAAGUUUGCCCUUAAUUAUUUUAAGAAAGGAAAAGUUGGUCAAACUAGUACUAUUAAGAACACACAUGUUUGUGCCAAACAGCAAUCCACCACUGUCUGAUUUGAUGCCAUGUUUUCAGGAGAUGAUGGGCGCAAUGAAACAAUGAAGUGGAGAAUCUGAGAAAUGGACAAGCUGCAUGUGAGUUAGAGCUCCUGUGUCUGGUUUGAAGUGUUAAAUGCACGUGCAUUCACACAUGUGAUCCCAGUCUGCAUAUUGAGAGUGUCAUGCACAGGAGAUUGUACAGCAUUAUAAGCAGCUGGAGUAAAUAAGUGAAAUGGCUAAAUAAUGCAUCUUGUAUUAGUAACUUUUAUAAUCUUUAGUUGACAAAAGGCUUUUGACUUGAAAGUCUUUAAGAACAAUUACUUUAGCCUGUACCUAAGAGCACUAGUUGUGUCCUUGUACAUGCAUGUUUAGAGAAAUGUGUUGAGCUAACCAUCAGAAAUAAUUGAAAAUUUCUUUCAUAAAAGAAAAGUGGAAAGGUCUCACGAUCAGAACUCUUAAUGCAGAUUUGUGAUCAUUGAAGAGGUACAUCAUAAUCAGGUGAACAAAACCAACCUAAUAUUUUAAUGGCUUGCAUUGCUACUUUUAUGUGUAUUUGUUUUAUUUCUUAAGGGGAAAGUCUUGGCUUCAGAAAUUCACUGAAUUUGUUUUUUUGUUUUGUGUUUGGGCCAGGGUAUUAUGGUCAGGGCUGUUUACAGUUAUGAACAUAGAAAUAUGCUUAGAAAGUUUAAAGUGUCCUGGCUUCUGUACAUUGGUAUUUAAGAAGGUAUUUGUCCAGACCUAUAUAAGUGAUUGUUGUGUUUAGCAGUUCUGUUUGCCCUAGCUUCUGUUAAGUGAACAUUGUUCUCAGCAGUUUACCGUCCUAUAAUCUAACAUUUAAUUUCUUCAUGGCUUACUCAGGCAAAGUAAGUUAACACUGGGAAAAAUAGGCUGUCAGUUUACCAGAAAUCUUGCAUGCUUAUGACCAAUACAUGCUUUUAUUUUAUGGAACUUUGUUGACAUUACAUUUUUUAGCCAUAUCUGGAUGAUGUCAUCAAGUAGGAGAGGCUGAAAGAAAGAGUGUAUGUGUGUGUGUUUUGAUGCUAAAGAAGAAUUACUUCCCACACGGAUCGUGUAUUGUAUGCCAAACAAACCUAACUGAAAGAUCCAGGAGACUGAUGACUGUUGCCUUCAGCCUGAUAGCCUUGUGUAUUGUAUCUUUGUUAAAAGGUCUAAGCCCAUUGUGCCACUUUGUUAAAGGAAUCAGAGGAGUCUUGUGAGUCUUGUCUUUAUGGGAAGUUAAGUGAUAGCCCCCAGCGUUACACUGUGUUCAUGUUCACAGGGAAGUAGAUGAUGUUGUGAAUGUCGUGUUCUGCAAAAGGGUAAUUCCCAUCAAAAUUUCUCCUGGAGACUUUUGCAGUUAUUGUUGUUGCCCGGGAACUGUAACGUUUGCAGUCUUCCAGUAGUGUCGUCCGCAUAUCGUUUAGUGAUGACGUUACAGUAGAAUUUAUCAACGAAAGUUUUCCACUUCUGUCAGUGUUAAAGAAAAUGAAGGUGGAAGAAAGUGAUGGGGAGGCAGGAGGGGGAGAAUGUGGGUCAAAGAGCAUGAGCUUCCGCAGAAAAUUGAGGAAGGAAAUUGUCUUCUUUCUAGGCCUCCCACAAACCCUAACAAAUAGUGCAGCUAUGUUCACCAAAGAUUAGAGAGGGCAAAACUAAAACAGGAUGCAGCUUUCAUGAGAAGUUUUCUUUAAAUUAACUAGUGGUUUUAAAUUGUACACCAUGGAUGGGUAAAGUGUAAGAUUCUAUUUCCCCAAAUUAGGGUAAAAUUCCAUGUUCGAGACACACUUCUACAAACAUCGCCGUGUAAAGAAAGAGGUCAACGUCAGGAUAGUACAUGGAGACGUUGAUGUCGUGAAGGCGUCAGCCAGUGAGAGAGCUGGGGAUAUAAUAUAUAUUAUGUUAGUCAGAUCGUGAAGCCACGAUUUCUAAUUCCUUAUCCUGUGCUGUGAUGUUUGUAGCGUAUAUCUCAAGAAUAAAAAUGGGUAUUCACUCAGAUUUGGAGAGUAGUAUCUUGCGCAGAAUUUUACCCAGACGUCAGAAACAAAAUGUGCAUCCCACUAGUCCCGUAAAAAACAGUUUUGGCCAGAAGGUAGUACGGUUUCUUUGAUCUUACUCUAGUUUUUGUUUCCCUUGGAGACGUAAUGACUCUCUUGACGAUGAAACGCCUGUAGGACAUUUCACCGACGGCAACAGCAAGGGCCGGUAAGAUGGCGACAGAGAUCGGGAAGGUCUGAGCUGUUUGUUCCGCUUCCUGUUCUUGUGGUCUCGUGAUUGUGUGAAGGAAUGCAUAGCUAGGGUUGAGAAAAGGUGGGGUGGGAGGGAGCGGGAUGCAUGCCUUGCCAAGUGGAACAUAGCAGAAGGAUGGAGGGAUGUUGGCGGAAGCUUAGCGGAUACCUUGCGGACACUGAUACUGAGUUUAUUUGUGCCGUUAUUCUUCCUCCUCGUGUUUUCCUUCACCCACUCCUUCACUGCUGACGCAGGUGUGGUGCUAGUAACAGUACUUCUGCUAUUUUCGGAUCUUUAUAUCUCGACCGCUUCGUGUUCUCAGACUUAUUACACUUGUUAAUGUAAGUGCUUCUUAAGUAGGGUGAUAUGGCGUCCGACCUGAUUUAUCAAGGUAAGUACCAGGAUGCGCCGUCCACCCGCCUUGACCUAGACACGAUGAACUGAAUAGAGUUCACUGCCCUCGUGUACCUCGGCGUGUCUGUAGUGUUUCCUGUCAUAAGUGAGCAGUCUAGAAUCCUAGAAUGCAAGUGCUAUAAAUACACGAAGGGUAGGUGAAUAUGGUGAUGUUUGAUAACCCAAAAGAUGGUUCAACUUUAGCUUGGGGACGCAAAUCUCCAAACUAUUUAAUAUUUAAUCUUUCCGUCAUCUCGACGUUGAAAAUGUGUGUAUGCGAGGGUGCAAACACGUGAGUCUAGUGUUCUGUCAUUUUUCUUAGAAAUUCCUCUUGUAGAUUUUCUGGAGGAGGAUGGGUUUUUUUUUUUUUCUUCAUCUGGUUUUAAAAGCACUCUCGUUGCUGAAGCUAUUCUUUCACGGCAAAGAUCCGUUAGUACGAUAGCCGUGAUUGUUGAAGCCAGAAAAUAUAACUGUAUAUUAUUAUUAUCAUCAUAGUUGUAGUGGUUAGUACAGUUCUGUGAAGUAUUUUUGGAAAUAAUUUUGGGACCUUCACUGUUUUUGAAUAGUUUUUAUCUUCACAGAAAACUUUAAAAGUGAAAAGUCCAUCGUCUUAGAGCUGCCUUUACCCCCAUUUCAGUCUUUCCCGUCAUUUUUUAUGUUGUUUUAUCCCUCAAUUUUUUUUUUACCACGUUUUAUCCCUCCAUUUUUUACCUUCCCUCAGUGCUUGUGCUUCUAUCCCAUGCCACUUGGUUUUCACAGUAGUCUUCUGCAAAAUUGUGUUUAAAGGACAACCUGAGAGCAAAAUUAUUUUCAUGUGACUUUGUUUAGUUCAUUGGAAAUUAUGCCACACAUCUGAGCGAAUAUGCUCUGUUCGCGAUAUUUAAGCCUUUGCAGUUCACACUUGCUCCCUCCCCACACACACACACAAAGGGAGGAGGAGUAAAAUAAACACAUUUGUGAAAACUAAUGACAGGCCAUAGUAAGCUGUCAGAAGCUUCGAGCAUAAAUUUGCGUUUAAAACUGUAAGUGUGUACAUCUGGAACAGGGCGAAAAGCAAGGAUGAUUGGCUUGUGCUGCAGUGAAAGCUGUCGAUCAUGUUGUACACUGACAUUUUCAGUUCAGAUUUUGCAUUGUGUAUAACCUUUAUUUGAUGAUUUUUGUUCUUCUCGUUUGUAUAGCGCCCUGCCUGCUGUAUUCAUAAAGUCCUCGCGUCUCCUUCUCGCUCCUUGAUAUUUAUCGUUUCUUCUAGUGUCAGAAGAAAGCCAAAGCAAAGAACUAACGCUGAUUAACAGACUUUGUUCUGAAGACCACCUGUUGACUUGUAGUAAAAUGGAAAAAGCAGUUAUUCAAGCAUCAACGUGUCCAGCCUUUGGACAUAACGUGAGUCUAGUGAAAAUAAAAGGUCAGUGCUAACAGCCAUACUGAUUGAGUACAGAAAUUACAAAUAAACUUUGUGAAGAACUCGGUGCUUUAUCGUCAUCUGCACUCCUUUCUCUUGGACACGAUGUGAAUUGUAGACACCGCAACGGACAGCUGGUAGCAGUCGAGGUCCAUUUGCAUAAGAAAUGAUCGAUUAGGCAAUAUGUAAGAAAAUAUAUCCGUUAAUGAGCAGAUAAUCAUAGAUGACGCAUUUAUCAUAUUUGAACUCGUGAGCCAACGUUCCUCUCUCGCGCGCGAGAGAGAGGGACUGUUGUACUCACAGAAAGUUUAGAGAAAAUGGACAUCUUUGAACGUUAGUGGUCAGCCCUGUAUGCUCCUCGUUGUUCCAACAUUAAGCUCGCGUGGUCGCAUGAGAUCUUUGUGUAGCACUUCAGGAAAGCUGUAACCCAGGUGUAAGCUGUAACCUUCUCCUGUCGUCUAGCAGGUGCUAUUCUUGCGGAUGGGACUGUAGGUAGGAUGUUGGUGUCGUGUAGUCUGUGAACUACACUUUGCUAUGGCGUCUAAGGAUACAGUCAUCGUUCGCUUGUCAAUGGUUAUGCCCACUACCCCUUAUCCUGUCUGGUUUUCGUGUUAAACCUACACUAGGAAUCUACACAAGAAGUUUAGACGUCCUAGCAGUUGAAUCCUGCCAUCAGAUAGUUCUUGAGGCAUCUAGGUUAGUUUCUCUUAGAAGUCUAACAGGUGUCUGUUUUUGUAAAACGUACAUUGAUAAUUGAUGUAACUACAUAUCAUUUCUUAACUGUUGAAAUAAAAGCGUUUAAAUUUGGA